AUGGAUGGACGUACAGCUGGCUGGGCCUCUGAGGGCUCUCACGGUCAUAGCCUGGAGCCUUCUUUGCUGCCUACGCUGCUGGGGCUGCACAUUACGGCUUGGGAUGCUCUGCGUCUCUUCCCGUGCUUGCUGUGGAGUCUGCUCGCUAUUGUUUGUGCUGUUGUCUUCCUGCAGUAUCCUAUUGUACACGGAAGGCCUGCACAUUUGCUGCCGAUGCUGGGGGCUCUUCAGUCUGCUAUGCCGUCAUUCAUGUGUAGUUGUUUGAUAUUAAUGUAUCAUAGAGAACGCAUCUUAUUAUUUGGCCUACCCCGAGAGACAGCAAAAUCUUUUUCAGGCUUUUACUGCAUUCUCUCUGCUCUUGGAUGCCUAGUCUAUUUAACUCUUCUUAUGACUACUGUCUUUGUCUUCCAGGUUGAUAGGACAGAAGAGCCUGCGUAUUUCUUUUUAUCUUCUUCUUGGUUGUUAGUCACUAUACUCUGCAGCCAGCAGCAGCAGCAGAAGCAGCAGCAGCAGCAGCAAGAGCAGCUGCAACAGCUGCAGCUGAGGCAGCAGGAGCAGCUUGAGAGGCUGCUGCUGCAGCGGCAGCAGCAGCAGCUACAGAAGGAGCAGAAGCAACACCAGGAGGUGCUGCAGCAGGAGGUGCUGCAGCAGGACAUGCUGCUGCUGCAGCAGCAGCUACAGAAGGAGCAGCAGCAGCAGGAGGAGCUGCUCCACCAGGAGCUGCUGCAGUACGAGAUGCUGCCGCAGGAGCAGCAGCAGCAGGAGUUGCAAGAGCUGCUGCUGCAGCAGCAACAGCAGCAACAGCAGCAGCAGCUGCAACAGCAGCAGCAACAGCAGCAGCAGCGGUAG